AUGAAGUCCUCCAUCGCCGCCGUCGGCCUCAUGGCCUCGCUCGCCAGCGCCUCCGGCUUCCAGCCCCGCCACUUCCACUGGCGCCGCGACAACACCACCGCUCCCGCCGGCUACACCACCCUCACCGUCCAGGUCACCGAGGUUGCUACCGUCACCUCUUGCGCCCCUACAAUCACCAACUGCCCUGCCCGCAGCGGCACCCUCUCCGCCUCUGACCUCGCCACCUUCGUCGUCACCAACGUCGUUGUCCUGACCGAGGUCGUCUGCCCCGUCACCGAGGCCGCCGGCAUCUCCAAGUCAAUCAUCCAGCAGCACUCCACCGGCGGUCUCCUGGGCUCUACUCGCACCGCUCCCGUCAUUGCCACUCCUACCGCCGCUCCCUCCGUUCCCCUGUCCACCGGUUUCACCAACUCUGCUCAGGACGCCACUGUCACCAGCCCGCCUUCCGCUGGCGGCGACGAUGAGGAUGAUGAUUGCCCCGCUGAGGAUGGCGAUGUCGAGACCACCGUCACCGAGAUCAUCUCGACCAAGACCCUUACCAUGACCGUCGGCAAGGGCUCCACCGCUUCCGUCGUCACCACCGCUAUCCCCACCACCAUUGAGUCCACCAUCGUCAUCACCAAGCCCGCUGGCUCUGCCACUGCCGCCGCCGAGGAGCCUACUACCACCACCACUGCCACCUCUACCGGUACCCGCACCGUCACCAUCAAGCGCCCCGGUGCCACCCCCGGGUCCGCUUCCCCCAGCGGUACCCUCGGCGCUGACGGCCAGUGCGCUUGCCCCUCGGCCGUGACCGUUACCAUUCCCGCCUCCACUGUCUACGUUACCAUCGGUGGCUCUGCCCCCGCUGCCACACCCUCCGCUAGCCUGACCGUCUCCGCUGAGGCCCCCGUUACCACCGCUGAUGCCGGUGACGACGAUGAGUGCCCCGCCGAGGAGGACGACGAUGACGAUGAGGACGACUGCCCCGCCGACGAGGACGUUGUUACCCUUUCCACCACCGUCACUGUUGCCCCCUACCCUACCAACGGCACCGUCCCCAGCGGCGCCGCCAAGCCUACCGGCUACGCCAAGCGCUCCAACAAGCUCUUCUAA